AUGGGCCGCAGCCCGAGCAGUGCCGCAGCGGCGGCGGCGGGGGAUGCAGUAACAUAUCAAGAUUUGCAUAUCACCUUCACUCAGCAAGAGUGGGCUUUGCUGGAUCCUUCACAGAGGAAUCUCUACAAAGGUGUAAUGCUGGAGACAUAUAUGAACCUCAUUGCGAUAGGCUACAAAUGGGAAGAUAAUGAUAUCGAAGAACAUUGUCAAAGUCCUCAAAGACAUGUAAGGUAUGUCCUAAGUCAUUCAGAAUACAAACCAUUUGAGCAUAGGGACAUGGAAAGAGUAACGCACUUCUCUCCAUCUCAGAAUAAUCAGACGUUUCAGUAG